CUGAGACCGUAGCAGAUCUGGUCCAGCUCUUGUUUACUGAAGCCCCUCUCCUGAAAGAGGUUGUUCAGGGCGUGCAGGGCGCACAGCUCCUUCACCUGAAAUCACGAAGACACCCCCCAGACCCCAGAGAUCCGUCAAAGUGGUGAGACCCCCAGGAAGUCGCGAAAACGAUCAGGAGGAGGAAAAUCGCGCGGACAAAGUGGCAAAACAAAAAUUAUCGUGAGUCGUUGGACUGUCGUUUCAGUUGUGUGAUGAUUCCUGGAGUUUCCUGGAGGCACUUUCUGAUUAUCUCCUGGGUCAUUGGGGUCAGGGGAGACCCCACCGAGUGUUGAUGAAGUGAAAGUAGUGAAGGGAAUUUUUUGAAUUCUAUUUUUACAAGUUUUUGAACAGACGUUCUUGGUUUUUUGCACUUUGGAGAGGUUGAAGAUGUCCGCUGCAGUUUCGGCGCCUUCCUCAGGAGGACAAGGUGGUGCGGGGGAGCAGGAACCUCCAGCUGUGCCGGAUUAUUCGAGUAUCAGGGGAAAGGACGUACUUGUGAGCCCGUCAGAGGAACAAUAUGAACUUCUCCUGAGGAGACUGAAGGAGAGGAUUUUGGAUGGAGGCAGUGAGACCAUUUUUGAUAUUGGAAUUGGUGAAGAUGGAUCAGAAGACGGUCUGAAAUCCGACGAAUACGAGGCUUCAGUGGCAACUCUCCAGUCCCUAGCAGCAACACUAGAAGCAGAUUGUGUACUUCUGAGACAGAGUAAAGUCGACCAGGGUCUCACAGGCCAGUACCUGGUGAGGAGACGCCUUGACCAACAGGACUUUCUGGAGAUUCGAGUGGCUGUGGUAGGUAAUGUCGAUGCUGGCAAAUCAACACUCCUGGGGGUUCUCACUCAUGGGGAACUCGACAACGGACGAGGCCUCGCCAGGCAGAAACUUUUCAGGCAUAAACAUGAGGCCGAGACAGGACGUACCAGUUCGGUGGGGAACGAUAUCCUCGGAUUCGACAGUGUUGGUAAUGUAGUGAACAAACCGGAGCACGGCUCCCUGGACUGGGUAAAAAUAUGUGAGAAAUCAUCAAAAGUGAUAACAUUCAUCGACCUCGCUGGCCACGAGCGUUACCUAAAGACCACAGUCUUCGGAAUGACUGGCCACGCUCCAGAUUUCGGUAUGCUCAUGGUGGGAGCUAAUGCAGGAAUUGUAGGAAUGACAAAAGAACACCUGGGGCUUGCCCUCGCCCUAUCGGUUCCUGUCUUCGUCGUUGUAACCAAAAUUGACAUGUGUCCACCCAAUGUUCUCCAAGAGAAUCUUAGGCUACUGAUAAGAAUUCUGAAGUCCCCGGGUUGCAGGAAGGUUCCCGUCAUCGUUAAGACACCGGAUGAUGUCGUUGUCAGUGCUACAAAUUUUGUUUCUGAAAGACUUUGUCCAAUAUUUCAAGUAUCAAACGUCAACGGUGAGAAUCUAAAUCUUCUGAAAAUGUUUCUGAAUCUUCUGACAGCGAGAAUGAUAAGCCACGAUGAUGAGCCAGCGGAAUUUCAAAUUGAUGAUACUUAUUCAGUUCCUGGAGUGGGAACAGUUGUCUCAGGAACAACUCUCAAAGGUAUUAUAAAGCUUAACGACAUCCUGCUACUGGGUCCGGAUCCCCUUGGUCACUUCACCCAGAUCGCGGUGAAGAGUAUUCACAGAAAACGUAUGCCCGUGAAUGAAGUGAGAGGUGGACAAACAGCAUCGUUCGCUCUGAAAAAAAUAAAACGCUCACAAAUUCGGAAGGGAAUGGUUAUGGUAUCCCCAGCUCUGAAUCCUCAGGCCUGUUGGGAGUUCGAGGGUGAAAUUCUUGUUCUUCAUCAUCCAACGACAAUCAGCUCGAGGUAUCAGGCAAUGGUUCAUUGUGGUAGCAUCAGACAGACAGCUUCUAUCCUCUCAAUGUCACAAGACUGUCUGAGAACUGGGGACAAGGCUCUCGUUCACUUCAGGUUCAUCAAGCAUCCUGAGUAUAUCAAGCCAGGACAGAGAAUGGUCUUUAGAGAGGGACGAACCAAAGCUGUUGGCAAUGUUCUACGACUGAUACCCCACUCAUCAUCAUUGAACUUCCAAAAUUCACGAUCAGGUAAGCCCAAUAAGAAUCAACAGAGUCGUCAGAACGUCCUCGAUGGUGAUACCAAUGGAAGCUUCGAUGGACAGGCCUCAAAACGUGAGAAUCUACCCCAAAAGUCGGGAUCUGGACCAGCUAAUAAGAAGGGCAGAGGGAGGAGAGGGGGAAGGCCUCACAAUCCAUCGAAUUCUAGUGUGCAGCCACUUUCUGAGCAGAAUCCACCUGCUAAAGUCUAAAUUGACACGGAUAACGUCAAGAUUCGAUGUAAAAAUUCUACAAACAUAAUUUGUACUGAUUUUCGUGCAGCUAUUUUCUAAGGAGUUCAUAGUUUUGGGGGUAGUCUGGUAAUUAUGGUGAGUUACUGAAGUCUGGGGGAGGCCAAUGGAAUUUGCGGGACAAACACGUAUUUGUGAUUAUUUUUUUUUUGAUUGAUAACGGAAUUAUUUAUCUGUUAGGAAUUAUGGGGGAAAUUAAUUGUUAUUUUUUGAGAUUUAACGGACCUUUGGAAGGUCUACUUCGAAUUUUCAAACUCUCCAGGCCGUUCAGAUGUUCACCAUGAUGGCGGUAAAAGUUUAAUAGACAAACUACAAUUGAACUUUUCUACAAACCGUUUUUUUUGCUUUGUUAAUCUAAUACAGUUGCGCACAUUAAAAACUGUAUCAAAAUUAAUCCUCAGAAGAGUUGAUGAAAAUUCUAAAAAUAGAUGUGGAACAGUAUUUUUUUAAAAAAAAAGGGAUGUCAUUUGUUUUUGAUUUGAAGAAUAUGAUCGUCGAAUCAUGAUAAAGAAAAUUCGUAUUCAAAA